UUUAUGUAAAAAUAUGAUCACUUUUCGCGGUCAUUCAGUCGAUGAAGGCGAUGGUUUGGUGUCACGUGGCGUUACCGUGGUUACCGUGGGUCAGCCACAACAAAAAAAAGGACGACGUUCUAGGACAUCGCACACUGAGGUCUGUUUUCAGCCCCACUGCAGCGAUGGAGGAAUCAUUUCGCAACUUUACGAUCGUUUCCAACGGCCCCAUUGGGUUCGAAUCAUCCCGCAGCGAGGAUGUUGAGGAAGAGCGAACGACCAAGGAAUGCGGAAGUGAUCCACGCCCCUUACCCCGCUGCAUCGAUACUGGUACGGAACCGCGGGAAAGGAAAGAGAUUGCCACGCAAACGAUCAGUGCUCCGCGUACGGGCAAAUUUUCCACCUACGACGACUCCAAGCUGGUCAGCUUCAUACGGAAGGUGCAUCCGAUAAUGGAGGAAGAGUUGUCCUGCGGCAUGACGCCCCUCUUCGACCACAAUGAAAAUCCGUACGAACCAUCCGAUCGUUAUCGGGUACAGCGUCACCAGGAGCUUACGCUGAAGAGCACUCAUAAACCGGCGGGUGACCACGUGUUGCCCGGUAAACCCUACACAGCGGGAGCCGCCGCCUGGUUAUCCAUUCUGACUCGGGACGCUCCGUUGCUAGUGCUGGCCUGUAGCCCGGCACACGAGGCUUGGUGCGAUCAUUUCGCUUCCGUUGUGACAGUGUUCCGUCCGGUACGGGACCGGUACGGUACCUCAGUGCAGUGGGUAGAGCUGUGCAGCAAUCCGGUAAAGUCCUGCAUUGAAUCAAUCGAAACGAACCCUUUCAAUCGGGACAUCUUUGCCGGAGGUACGGUCGCGGGGGAUAUCUAUCUUUGGCACUUUGAGCUGGAACGGAAGUGCUCGUUUACCGAGCUACACUCCGAGACGACCGACUGUGGUAAGGUGGUGGACAUGGCCUGGACGCGGUUCAACGUUAUGUCGAAGGCCGACCAUGCGCUACUAUCGGCACACAGCGAUGGAACGGUGAUCCUGUGGCGUGUCGGAAAGAGCGUCACCAAGGACAAGAUCUUUAAAUUGGCCUCUCCAUCGGCCGGCCAGGGAAAGGCCAUUAUUUUAACGCGCAUCCUGGCCACCUCCAACAGCGAGUUUGUCGUUGGCUGUGCCGAUGGGUCACUGUUGCUUUGCUCCACCACACAAUUGCUACCGUUGGCCGGUUCCAAUGCUACCGGGCCAGGGCAAGGGUAUGGUGGUAAAUCGAACCACUUUUCACCAGCUACGGUGGAGCUGAAGGGUCACUCGUUUGCCGUUACGAGCUUGCAGAAGAUCAUCAACCGACGGCAGGAGCUACUCAUUAGCUGUGAUCUUACGGGCGAAGUGUUGUUCCACGAUAUCACGGACACGAUCAACUCUACUCCAACACUGAUCGUUAAGAUGCCCCUCCCGUUCAAAACGCGCAUCGUCUGCACCAACGACGCGGAAUUUAUCUUCUCGCCAACCGGAAAUGGACGGCUGGAGCUGUACCGCAUUGGCAGUGGCAAGGUCGACACGAUUGAACCAUCUUUGCCACUGAAUGGGACACCGAAUCUAAUCAAAAUGACCGCCAAUGGGAAAUGGUUAAUCACUGGCACAUACGGUGGCACGUUUAUCAUAUAUUCUGUGGCCACGGAUUAUUAAAACGAUUGAGACACGGCACACUGGUUGAUCACAUGAACAGUAUACCUCACUAAACCCUCACUGAUUAUCAAUGGAAGGGAUCUUCCAGAGAAAACAAACACACAACAAUAAAUAUUAGCAACAAUUAAA